AUGACUACAAAUUUGAUUCCUAGACUUAAUCUUGAAUUUGAUGAUAUAAAAGAAUCAUGGGAAUUUUGGAAUGCAUAUGGGAGAAGAACUGGCUUUGGUGUUCGAAAGCAGAAGUUUAACAAAACUAAAAAUGAUAAGUCAAUAUAUUCUUCUUAUCUAUAUGUUUGUAAUAAAGAAGGGGUCAGAAAACCAAAUAAACGAGAUGUGCGAACUAGGAAGCCCAGAGAUGAGACAAGAACAGGAUGCGAAGCUAGAAUGAAAGUUAAGCUGGUAGAUGGAAAAUACAAAAUUAUUGAAGUUGUUCUAUAUCAUAAUCAUCCUCUUCAGCCCCCCAAAGCUGUUCAUCUAUUUGCAUCACAUCGAAGGAUAACACCGGCUCAACAACAUGAAUUAGAAACUGCUGAAAAAGCUGGGAUUAAUCAAAAAUUGGCAUUCAAUUUACAAAGCCAGUAUGCAGGAGGUCAAGAUAAUUUGGGAUAUACAAGAGAUGAUGUUAAAAAUUAUCUUAACUCAAGAAGGCAACGAGCUAUGAAAUAUGGUGAUGCUGGAUGUAUAUUUCGUUAUUUUGAGCAACAAUUGACAGAAAAUCCAUCCUUUUUCCAUGCUUACCAAAUGGACUCAGAGGAGCGAGUCACAAAUGUGUUUUGGGCUGAUGCACGCAUGUUGAUUGACUAUGCUUGCUUUGGAGAAGUAAUUUCACUUGAUACAACUUAUUGCACGAAUAGUAAUCACAGACCUCUUGCAAUUUUCUUUGGCUUUAACCACUACAAAGCAGGGGUGAUUUUUGGAGUGGCAUUGUUAUAUGAUGAGACCAUCGAGACAUUUAAAUGGCUCUUCGAGACUUUUCUAUGUGCACAUAAGAAUUUAAAGCCUUUAAUAGUUUUCACUGACCAAGAUGCUGCCAUGGCAUAA